AGACAGACACGGGACGAUGGUGCUGAUGACGAUAUCAGGUUUCAGAAGGUUCUGCAUGUCACCACAAUUCAUUAAGCAGAGCAGCAGUCAGGGAGAGAGCUGUAUCUGAGCUGCUCUUUGCCGGAGUUUUCUUAGGUUCGUGGAGAUACAUACUGCUAUUCACAUAUAUAUAUAUAUAUAUAUAUAUAUAUAUAUAUAUAUAUAUAUAUAUAUAUAUAUAUAUAUAUAUAUAUAUAUAUUUUUGUGGAGUACAGGGGAAAGGAACUUAAGGGACAUUCAUCUUAGAGCAGAAGAGCUGUGGAUAUUAGUAACAAUACUAUCAGACAGACAUGAAACCAGACGGAAAGUGAAAAAUAAGGCAAGAGGAAAUGGAGGAGAGAACUAGCAUGGCUCUUAGGACCAGGUAGCAGAAUUCUGCCUCCGCUACUACUGCCAUUACAAGCUGAGAUGCUAUCAGGAUCCUGGAAACUAGAAGGUGGCAGUUGGAGAAAGACAGAAUCGGCUAUCAAAUCUUCCUGCCCUAUCAUCCUGCAAGCUCUAUAUUAUUACCAGUACCGAGCUGCUGAUGGGAGACUGAUAGAAAUCUGUGAGGGAGAUCAGUUUAUUUUGAUCCGGAAGUCUAAUGAUGACUGGUGGCAGGUACGGAGGGUGGGACAGCCAAAGAAGAUUAAGCCAUUCUAUGUGCCAGCAGCUUAUGUGACUGAGAUGCCACCUCUGUCUCCCGUACUUCAGUGUUCUACAUUACCACAGUGUAUUGGAAGGACACAAAAUGAGCAUCAUCAAGUUUCUGGCCCUAUGGCUGCAUGCAGAUCACUAGAGGACUUGACCAAGGCACCUCCAAAGUCUCGGCUGAUGGGAUAUAGAUCAUACUUGAACCUUAACAGCAAGGAUGAAGGUCAAGGGGUGAUCUCUUAUAUUUCACCCGCUUGUCCUAGUCCUAUCUCAAGGAGUAAAAGCUCUAGCAUUCUCCCUCAGAACCCAUAUGAAGAAGCUGACAAGGAAGUGGACAAAGAAGUUGGCAAGGCACAGUCCUCACUGAGUUUAUCUGUCCCUCCAAACAUGCUGCACAAGUUUGAUUUUAGUAACAGACCCAGCAACUUAAAGUUGCUGCCUGAUUUCCAUGAGCCGAACCAAAGAUCACCCAUGGCAGAUUCUCCAAUAUACAGCAAUUUGGAAGAGUUGAAAAGUUUGCGGGUGGAUCCUCCAAGUCCCACCUCAUCUCCUAUACAGAUACUAGACCUCUGGGAACGACAUUUAGACCCAGCAUCAGGGCGGAACUUUUUUGUGAAUACAGUAACUAAGGAGAAAUCCUGGAAACCACCCCGAAAGUCACGAGACAGGGCAGCAACAGGACCUUGCACGAGUCCUGGGAACAUCUCAUGUGAUAAUGAGUCUAGUGAGAGCAGUUUGUCUUCAUGGCAUGACAGUGGAGAACAUUUAAAGACAGCCACAUUUGACCACGAUUUAGAAGCGCACAUCUGUAGAGUGCAAGGCAGGGAUGUAAAAAGGCUACAAACACAGAGAAAAAUCUUGUCAUCAAACACUUCAAGCCUUCGUCAUAUAGUGUCUAGUGAGAACCUUGUGGGAAGGAAUUCCAGUGCAACAGCAGAGUGGCUCAAUACCAGGUCGAGAACUUUACCAGCAGAAAGAAUUGGUUAUUCUGGAUCCAUGAUUCUCACAGAGGGUAACCCAGCCAAGGUGCCACAUCAUGCGGGCCUGCCUCACAAUAAUUUCAGUGAAGAAACAGAGAAGAAUGUGUGCUUCAUUUCUCCAACUUCAUCUCUGGAGAGUCCCUUACUUUCUUCUCCUGAGCUGGAGAAGGCUGGAUUGCUUAACAAAACCAAAAUAGCAGAAGGCGGAAGGAAAUUGAAGAAGAACUGGAGUGUCUCCUGGGUUGUCCUUGCUGGAAACAGUCUUGUGUUUUACAAAGAUCCAAAAGCCCAGUCCCCUUCAAGUUGGAAACCAGGAAGCAGUAGGCCAGAGAGCAGUGUGGACCUACGUGGUGCCAUUGUGGACUGGUCACGAAGAGACAUGACCAGCAAGAAGAAUGUGUUUCGUCUCAGGACAGUCACUGGUAAUGAGUUCCUUUUGCAGUCAGACAAUGACGUGGUCAUAAAUGAAUGGUACCAAACCAUAAGGAGUGUCAUAGAACGUUUGGACAGGGAGAACCCAUUGGAUGACCUCCUGAUGUACUCUCUGAGACGGUCAGGCAGCAUGGAGCUUAUGGACGGCAGCGGUGAUGAGGAAGAGGAUGGAUUUAAGCUGAAGGGGCGUUUCUUCUCAACCCGUUCAAGUGUUGGUGCAGACUGUCCUGAAAAAUCAAGGGUGAGAAGUCGGUUAAAAAAGUUAAUCACAAAGCGUCCCCCUCUUCAUACACUGCAGGAGAAAGGCCUUAUCCGAGAUCAGGUAUUUGGUUGCCGUCUUGAUGCAUUGUGUGAAAGGGACAAAGCAAUGGUUCCCAAAUUUGUCCGCCUUUGUGCAGAAGCUGUGGAAAAAAGAGGCUUGGAAGCAGAUGGGAUUUACAGGGUGAAUGGAAACCUAGCCAUUAUUCAAAAGCUAAGAUUCAUUGUUGAUCAUGAAAGGGCAAUAACAUCUGAUGGACGCUAUUUAUUUCCUGAGGAGCUUUACCAAGAAGAGAAGCUGAAUCUGGACAGCAGUGAAUGGGAAGACAUCCAUGUUAUUACAGGAGCACUGAAACUCUUUUUCCGAGAACUGCCUGAACCUCUGAUUCCCUUUGAGUUUUUUGAGCCAUUCGUAGAAGCAGUCAAAAUCCCAGACUAUGCCCAGAAGGUGGAAUGCAUUAAAGAGCUUGUCAACAGUCUUCCUCUUCCCAAUCGAGGCACCAUGCAGUACAUCUUCACACACCUACGAAAGGUAAUGGAGCAAUCAGAAUCAAACCGUAUGACAACGCAGAACAUUGGAAUUGUUUUUGGACCCACCCUCAUGAGACCCGAAAAAGACUUUAGUAACAUGGCUGUCCACAUGAUAUAUCAAAACCAAGUGGUAGAACUGAUUCUUACUGAAUUUUCCAACAUCUUUGGGUCAGACACAGAUGAUGCAAGCCCCCCUGCCAGAUGAUUCUUUUAUGCACCUAGCUACAUUCCUGUUUGGUCAAAAGACUAGACUUGUCUUGCAUUUUUGGUGGACUUGCCUGUACUGUUUGGUGCACUACUGCUAGAGAAAUAUGUACAAAGCUAUUUAAAAGAAACUCUAAUUUGCAGAACAGUUUGUGAGGUUCUCUCAUGACAGAUGGCAGUGGUUUAUUUUUCUUUUACCACAAAAUAUUCCAUGCCCACGCCCAUGGCUCUGUCUUUGCUGCUGGGGCUUGCAAAUUUUGAUGGUACAGCUGGCUGACUGAGGACAUGUCAGAAGCCCUUCACGUUGAUGUCACAAAGGCUAGGUCACUGGUUGACUACCACUGGGUAUUCUAUAUGCACUGUGUAGUGGUCAUCACAUGGUUCUGGGGAAGAAGGGGUGAGCUGUGUUACUUUUGCAGUCAUUUAGUUGUCAUGGUGGGUGGGUGGGGAAUUGCUGGCUGUGAUGGUAGCUGCUUAAGUGGACAGGCAAUUUGGUCAUUUGUGGAGAUAUUACUGCCUUGGUGCAGAAUGUAGAUGAGGAGGGUCACAAUAAGUAGUGUGCAACGAUAAUGUAUAAGAGAAGUAAAUCUGUUCUGAAAGGUUAAUAUUUUAUUAUAUGAAGACAGUGGUAAAACUGAGCCUUUUCCUGGUACAAACUAUUGUUGGACUACUUCCUUAGGUGAUGCAGCACUGAGCCAGGAAUUUCAGUCCCAGAAUGCCCACUUUUCAUUAUAUUUGCCAUGGUUAUCAUAAGGUUUCCUAACUGAAGGACUAAUUUCUUUGCUCUGUAGUGGUGUAAAUUCCAGUUCAUGUUAAGGUGUACUCACUGAGGUCAUUGAGUGCUUCCAGGUCAGCAACAAAGAUUGCUGAUUGAGUUCUUCCAAGUGAGUUAUGGAUCAUACUACUUUUUUUUUUUUUACUUCAAAGUCAUUGACAAGGCAUGCAGUGGCUAGAUACAUUUCAUUGCAUAUUUCCAGGUCAGUGACAUGUUAUAUCAUCUGAGUCAGAGUGGAAGCUAUGCACAUGCAUGUUCCUAGCCUAACUUCCAUGUAAGAAAAUGAUGAUGAGUGGAAACAUAAGGCAUGCACAUGCUUAGCCUCAUUUUCUUGUGAACAAACAGAGCAGUUGUUGUGUUGCAUGGAUAAAUUACUAUACUUCAAUAACAGGAGUUGCUGCAGAAUACUAUAUCUCUUCAUAGCUUUGCACAAGAAUAAUACAUAACACAGGAUUCUGUUAGUCAUCACAUUCCUUCAUAAUAGACUGUCAGUUGCUGUGUUUUGUUGGGUGCUCUCGCCAGUUUCAUUAGGUUUGUACUCCCAUUAUACAACAUUUUCUGUGGUUCAGCUGCUUUCAUUCUGACCCAGCAAUGAACAUCUUCAAGAGUUAUGUCAUUAGGUGUAGAUAAUGGAUAAUGACUUCCGUAAUGGGAAAUGUUUGUUGUUUAAUCCCCAAGGACAGCUUGUGUUGGUAAAUAUGGGCCUGACUUUUGCUUCAAAAGUUGGCAUGUUAUUUUCACUUUUCUGUUUUCCCUGGUCUCUGGAAUGCAGAAAUGAGACAUUUUUCCCCUGCACAUGGGAGCAGAUUUCUUACCGCCUAUCACAAGACCGGUAUCUAACUGCUGUCUCUUACAAACUCAUUUGAUACUUAUGCUGCAAAUACAUUUACAGAACAUGGUUAGCCAUAAGGGAAUGCUUUUAGUUCAUUUUUACCAUGUAUCACCUAUAUAAAGAGUUAUAUGACACUGAAACUAAUAAAAAACAUAUAAACCUCACUGCAAAAGUGAAAUCACUGCAGCAUGUGCAUUUUCUUAAGUCUGCACACAUUAUAGCUGGUGUACAAACUGAUACCACUUUUGUGCCUUAUAUUACCCAUGGCAUGUGGCCAUGUUCAACAAUAUACAGUGUGUUAUGGUACUGCUUGUCUCAGCAUUUGGUAAUUCAUCUCUGCUAGAAGAAAUCUUUAGCAGUAUGAUGCUCUACCAUUUAAUUCCAUUUCCUCUUUACUUAUCUACCGUUAAUGACUACUUGACAGCUUUUGCCUUUCCUGUCUUUUCCAUAUUCAACCAUCCCAGGGACUGUCUGUUGUCAGUGACUUGCCCUACCGCCCUUCCUCAGAGCUAAUACAUAGCUAACAGAGUCUCACUGCAACAACACUGGUCAUUUGAAGCAUUUAAGUAUCAUUAUCAUGAACAGCUAGUGACCUGUACAAGUAAAUUGAGUUUUUUUCUGCACGAGUGAGAUUUUCUUUUACCUAUCUGUUUCGGAUACUGGGAUAUAUCCAUCAUUAAUAUCUGUUCCAAUAAUUACAAUGUAUGUCUGAGCAGUGCCACACUGCCCCUUCCUCUCUGAACUUCAGAAUUAGCUGAACCUUGACUGGAUUUUAGCAAUGGGUCAACAGCAUGAAAGUUUUUCUGGAAAUUUCUAUGACCUAUUAUUUUCUCCCAGCAUAUUGCAAAUAUAUAAUCUUGUAAUCUUAACGUGAGCCAAACUGUCUACUUCCUUGUGAAGGAAUGCAGAAUAAUAGUUUUAAUACAAAACAUUGCUUCCUUGUAAUGCUCAGUAAGCUUCUGCCUGUUUCUGUUUUACAGCAGAGGGCAAACAUAUACUUAUCUACUACCGUAAGCAGACUGGCACACUAGACAAGUGCAGUGACUGUUCCUUAGCAUAGCUGGGAGCUUCUAGAGAGCUACGGCCACUCAUCUAAAACAGCGUGCGUUCAUAUCUCAUGCAGCUUUUAAUGCCUGCAUGUGCUACUAUCUGAGCUGUCACACAGUAUUUGUUCAAGAGCAUAUUUGCUCUUUCUCAGCUGCUCUGAGUAGUUAGAUACAAUGUAGCUAGCAUUACAUUUUUGUGAGUAACAUAUUAUUCCCUACUGUUUCUUAUUAAAAUGAUGUGCAGUAGUACUGUAAUAUCUUUGUUCCUGUUAACUUUAUCUAUAUUGCCUUACCCAUACUUGAGGUCACAGCUUACUGACCAUCACAUCACAAUUGCUCCAUGAGCAAAAGAUAUAAAGUAAGCUGUAGAGGCAGACAAAUGGAAAGCCCUGUGAAAAUAUGUAUUCAUGAAGAGUUACACAAUGUUAUGUACUGGGGAAACCCCUAUACAAAAUAUAUUUGUGGAGAACAAACUGAACAACACUUCCUGUUGACAAAAUGUUUCUCUAAAAUUGCUGUCUGAAAGAAUGUCUUGCAUUUGUAGAUUAUUUUUUAAAAUGUUUAACCACUGCCUCCUUUGUCUUUUCUCUCUUUUGUGUAAAUUGAGCCUUCCUACCAUUAGGGUAUGGGAAUACAGUGCUGAGCUUCAAGAGGAAACAUCUUGGUAGAGAAUAUUUUUUACAAACAAAUGUGAUAGUGUAAAAUGCAAUGUUUCUUUCAAAGAGACACACCUUGUUCCUGACGUGCCCAAUUUCUAAUGCAGUCAUGACAUGGCAAAUGUUUCAUGUCCACUGGCAUGCUGGCUACUGAACCUUUCGCUUAUUGUUUGCAACUACAUUAUACCCUCAGUAGACACUCCCUAAAUCCAGUGACCUUAUUUCAGGUGCUCCUUACCAUUUUCAGAACAAGAAGCAGCAAAGUACCGUUGCAUCCCUCCCCACCACAGCUGUCCAGCCACAUCUUAAAUACGUAAGUGCAGAAGUCAUGAUUUGUAAUCUUUUAGCUAAGGAUCAUAGUGUUCAUUUUUGUAAAUGUCAUUGCAUUAUUUUGCCUCUUAAAGGGGAAAUAGCCUUGUGUGGCUGUUUAUGAUAGUGGUAUCUGCUACCCCUCCCCCAUGCAAUAGUAAGGCAGAACUCAUUUUCAAAAUGAGCCUUCUUUCAGCUGCACUUUGUGUCAGUUCAUUAUUAUGGAUUUGCCCAUUUAUUCCAAGCUUACAGUGUUGUACCUCAACUUAAUAUGUAAACAUUUCAUGUCUUGACUUAAAAAAAAUAUUUAAAACUUGUAAGAUGCUGAGAUUUUGUUGCACUAAAAGAAUUUACUGUAAGAUCACAGUGUAAAAUGUAUGGUUUACUUUACAAAAGACAAAGGUAGUCUCAGAAGUUCUGUCCAGUUUCAUUGCACUGCUGUGUCAAACUGAUGAAAGGUAGGUCAAGUCUAGAAGCUUCAGUGAUGUCACUCUCACAUAUAUUGUUUCAGUUGACAGUUAACUAAAAUGUUUAUUGCAUAAUAGAACUUAAAUAAAAUGUGUUUAUAUUUUUUGUUAAUAGGUCAAUGUGAUUAUAUUUAAGCUUUAAAUAAAACAUACAAAUUG